AAGCUCGCUGCUGUUUCCCAAUGACAGGCUCAAUAUUCAGAGCCUGAUGCUUUCUCACGAGAAAUCAACAGGAAGGAUACAGGCAGGAGGAAACCAGUCACACAAAUGCUUUGAGGAACCAAGGCAGCGGUGCUUUCUGCUCAGUCGCCAGAAGUGAUAAUUCUUCUUGCACUAAGACCUCAGGCCCGCAAGUACAGCUAACGUGAACUUCACCGAGGUGUGAAUGAGAGCGGCUCUCUGCAGUAUUUAGUGUCCAGUUUUUCCGGCUCCAAAGAACAGCAGCGUCGCAAUGCCCCCUCCUGCUGAUAUAGUGAAGGUGGCGAUAGAAUGGCCAGGUGCCUUCCCCAAGUUAAUGGAAAUCGAUCAAAAAAAGCCACUGUCCUCAAUAAUAAAAGAAGUCUGCGAUGGGUGGUCUCUUGCAAAUCAUGAUCAAUAUGCGCUGCAGCAUGCUGAUAGUUCUAAUUUCUACAUCACAGAGAAGAAUCGUAAUGAGAUAAAAAAUGGAGCGAUCCUUCGAUUAACAACAUCUCCAGCUCAAAACGCGCAGCAGCUCCACGAGAGGAUCCAGUCUUCUAGCAUGGAUGCAAAGUUAGAAGCACUGAAAGACUUAGCCAACUACUCACGGGAUGUUACGUUUGCCCAAGAAUUUAUAAACCUAGAUGGUAUUUCUCUCCUGACGCAAAUGGUUGAAAGUGGCACAGAACGAUAUCAGAAAUUGCAGAAGAUAAUGAAGCCCUGCUUUGGAGAUAUGUUGUCCUUUACACUGACUGCAUUUGUUGAGCUGAUGGAUCAUGGGAUUGUAUCGUGGGAUACAUUCUCUGUGGCAUUCAUUAAAAAGAUAGCAAGCUAUGUGAACAAAUUUGCCUCGGACAUCUCUAUCUUGCAACGGUCGCUAGCGAUCCUGGAAUCAAUGGUGCUCAAUAGCCAUGACCUGUACCAGAAGGUGGCACAGGAGAUCACAAUUGGGCAGUUAAUCCCACACCUCCAAGGGACAGAUCAAGAAAUCCAGACGUAUACCAUUGCAGUAAUAAAUGCACUUUUCCUUAAAGCACCGGAUGACAAGAGGCAGGAAAUGGCGAACAUUUUGGCACAAAAACAGCUUCGCCUCAUCAUCUUAACUCAUGUUAUCAGGGCUCAGAGAGCCAUCAAUAAUGAAAUGGCACAUCAGCUUUAUGUUCUGCAAGUGCUUACCUUUAACCUUCUGGAAGAUAGAAUGAUGACAAAAAUGGAUCCACAGGAUCAGGCUCAGCGGGAUAUUAUAUUUGAACUCCGAAGAAUUGCAUUUGAUGCAGAAUCUGAACCUAAUAACAGUAGUGGCAGUAUUGAGAAACGCAAAUCUAUGUAUACUCGAGACUACAAAAAGCUUGGAUUUAUUAACCAUGUAAACCCAGCAAUGGAUUUUACACAGACCCCUCCAGGAAUGCUAGCCCUCGACAAUAUGCUGUACUUCGCUAAACAUCACCAGGAUGCUUAUAUACGGAUUGUCCUGGAAAACAGUAGUCGAGAAGACAAGCAUGAGUGCCCAUUUGGCCGGAGUAGCAUUGAGCUGACAAAGAUGCUGUGUGAAAUACUGAAAGUAGGAGAGCUACCCAGUGAGACCUGCAAUGAUUUCCAUCCCAUGUUCUUCACCCAUGACAGAUCAUUUGAAGAAUUCUUCUGUAUCUGCAUUCAGCUCUUGAACAAGACAUGGAAGGAAAUGAGGGCAACUUCAGAGGACUUCAACAAGGUAAUGCAGGUAGUGAAGGAACAGAUAAUGAGAGCGCUCACUACCAAGCCUAGCUCUCUGGACCAGUUCAAGAGCAAACUUCAGAAUCUCAGUUACACAGAAAUACUGAAAAUCCGUCAGUCUGAAAGAAUGAACCAGGAAGAUUUCCAGUCUCGUCCGAUUCUGGAACUAAAAGAGAAGAUUCAGCCUGAGAUUUUAGAGCUGAUCAAGCAGCAACGUCUGAAUCGGCUCGUGGAGGGGACCUGCUUUAGGAAACUCAACAGUCGGCGGCGGCAAGACAAAUUUUGGUAUUGCCGACUCUCGCCUAAUCAUAAGGUCUUGCACUACGGAGAUUUGGAAGAAAGUCCCCAGGGAGAAGUCCCCCAUGAUUCCUUGCAAGAUAAAUUGCCGGUGGCAGAUAUAAAAGCUGUUGUGACAGGGAAAGACUGCCCUCACAUGAAGGAGAAAGGAGCUCUUAAACAAAACAAGGAGGUGCUAGAGCUUGCUUUCUCUAUAUUGUAUGACUCAAGCGGCCAGCUGAAUUUUAUUGCUCCAGACAAGCAUGAGUAUUGUGUAUGGACCGAUGGGCUGAAUGCCCUUCUUGGGAAGGAUAUGUUGAGUGAUCUAACACGGAACGACUUAGACACACUGCUCAGCAUGGAGAUAAAGCUACGCCUCCUUGACUUGGAAAACAUACAGAUCCCAGAUGCUCCCCCACCUAUCCCAAAGGAGCCUAGCAACUACGACUUUGUUUAUGACUGUAACUGAGGCUGCCACUGAAACUUGCGUCAAAACUGGAAAUACUAUGACUGGAGAGAUUUUUAAAAAAGAGAGAAUGAAAAAAGAAAAACCCACUUGCGCACCUUGGAUUUUGGCUUUGGGGAGGGGUGUUAAAACACUUGCAUUCCUCCCUAUUCCCUGCAUCCCUUCCUUUUCCUGUUCCCAUCUUCCCCAUGGCUCAUCCAAAUCCACAUUGCUUUAAUUAACUUUUAAUUGCAGGCCAGUGGCCAUGCUUAAGGCGAAGACCACCACUAAGAAGCACCCUCCCGAGGACUUUUUAUACAUUUUUAAUACAGGAAUAGACAUUCUUAAUUAUAAGGACAAUGCUACCAAACUGCAUGCCUGUGAAACCCACCUGGCAGGGCAGAGGCUUUAACUGGAAGGAGGGGGGAGGUAGGGAGCAGAAGCAACUACUGUAAGCAGAAGAUUUUCCCAGACACUCCCAAGAGUCUGCUCACAACUGAAUCCAAUGCAAUGAUGAAAAUUGUUAACUGCUUCCCAGUGCUUGCACCAUUUGUCACUGUCAUUAUUCUUUCCACUGUCACCUCGACUCUUGUCACCGGCCUUCACCCAACUGAUCGGCUCCCAAGAAUUGAAAGUCUGCAGGUUUUUGCUGUACCAUACGCUGCAAUGUUGCGACAGCUUUUAACUUCUUUUCCUCCCAGCUCUUAAAUAGCCCUACACUAGCAAAUCACUAGCACAGAUUGUGUAUGAAGCCACUAGUGUGUUCUGUCUCUAUAGCGUUCCCUAAGCCUCAGUUGCCUCUAAAAUUGGCUUGUUGCUACUCAAAGUGAUUUUUAUUUUCUUGGUCCAAAGUUCAACAGUAGUUUCCACAAAUUACUUCAAACUGCCAAACAUCCAGGUUUACAUUGUUGUCAUUGCUACAGUGUUACAAAUUUGCAAGGGAUUUUUUUUGUACGGGUUCUAAUUUUUUUUUUACUUUAUUUUGCCAAACAAAUAUAUUUAAUGAAAACUAAUUUCAUUGUGAGUACUUUUGGGGGACAAUAUUUUUACUUAAUUUCCAUUUGGAACGUUUGCCCGAAGGGAAGAAAACAAUAUUCCCUUCAACUUCGCUGUUGAAUAAAAAUCUGAGUUGUGAUGAUU